AUGGCAUCUUCUUUAUGGGAACCACAGUCAUGGGAUUGCAGAGCAGAUGAUUCCCGCAAAGUGCAAGUCACUAUUUUGGCUUCUGAAUGGGGAUCAAGUCAAGGGGGACUUUCCACCAUAAACAGAGAGUUAGCCAUUCAGUUGGCCAAAUGCCCUGAAGUGGAAAUCACUUUCUUUUUACCUCAAUGUAAUCUAGAGGACAAGAAGGUAGCCAUGAAGCAUAACGUAAAGAUCGUUGAGGCAACACCACUGCCUGGCUUUGAGCAGCUGGACUGGCUUUGCUUUCCGCCUGAAGAUUUGCAAAUUGACAUUAUCGUUGGUCAUGGAGUUAAACUCGGUAAACAGGCACAAAUCAUUAAAAGGUCUAAAAGGUGCAAAUGGGUUCAAGUGGUGCACACAGAUCCAGAGGAACUUGGAAUGUUCAAGAACUAUUCAGAAUCAAUUUCAAAAGGUGAGGAAAAGCACAAGACGGAAGUAAAACUGUGUGAAAUGGCAGAUCAUGUUGUUGGGGUUGGUCCCAAGUUGAGCGAGGCCUUUCGCUCCUAUCUUCGCAGCUGCCAAAAAGAUGACAGUGUUGUUGACUUCACUCCAGGAAUAUUUGUAGAGUUUGCAUCUGUGAAGCAGGCUUCUAGCGAAAGGCAACAACGUAGUGUCUUGGUAUUUGGUCGUGGAGAUGUGGAGGAUUUCAAAUUGAAAGGAUUUGACAUUGCUGGGAAAGCAGUUGCUGAGUUAGAAGAUACUCGUCUUGUCUUUGUUGGAGCUCCAGAUGGAAAACAUGAAGAAAUAGCAAAACAGUUGACUGAAUGUGGUGUCCCUGCAAGUCGUUUGAGAGUAAGAGGAUUUGUUCAAGAUCGAGAGAGUUUAAGGCGUUUGUUUCAAGAAGUGGAUCUUGUUGUCAUGCCUUCAAGAACAGAGGGCUUUGGAUUGACAGGACUGAAGGCCUUGUCGGCCGGUCUCCCUGUGCUCAUCAGCCGCAACUCCGGUUUUGGAAAAGCUUUACACAGUGUACCUUUUGGAUCAUCAUAUGUAGUGAAUUCAGAGGAACCGGCAGAUUGGACCUCUGCUAUCAAAACAAUCUUGGUCAAGGACAGGAGAAGUCGGCUUGAGGAAGCAGAAACCUUGCGCGAAUCCUAUGGCAAAAAAUACAACUGGGCCAAACAGAUUAAAGAUCUCAUUGACACGAUGAUCAGUCGGAUGUACGGUAUGAAUACCAAUUUUCUUUUUGUGAAAAAAAAUAUUCUUAACACAUUGCAAAAGGAAUAAUAGGAUGUGGACUCUAAUAAGAAUUGAAAAUAAACGGACAAAACCAAAUUUGAGUAAUAUCCGCUGCCUUUUUGUCGCGGCUGAGAUCGUGAAAAAAGGCGAUAAUUACUAAGUUUUAUGUUACAUGUAAGCAAACAAAGUAAAGUAAUAUUUCAUCCAAACCAUCCAUCAUAUGCUUUAUCCCCAGUUCACUGGCUUAUGGGAUUAUUCCAUACAUCUGCAUUUACAUGUACCAAAACAGCCUGUUGUUAUCUACUCUUUUUUGUCAACAGAUGAUUCUUUAGAUUACCAGAGCUCUUCAGAAACAAAACGCAGAAUUUUUCCAUCCACUAAUAAAGCUUCGCAGCAAAUGGAGGGGACAACUGUAGACCCUGAAGGUAUCCGUGAUGACUUAAUAAUUGUAAACUUCUUGAAUGGCGUUGCUGAUCAAAAGUGUUAGAUUUCUUCACUAAAAUGGUUAACAUCAUUUGAAUCUGUCUUGGCUUAUGCAAGUGUGGUUGAACGAUAGCUACAUACAAUCAGGGACACAAGUAGUUGACACACUUGUUUAAAAUGGGUGCUUUUAUCAACAAUAAAAAUUUCAUUCAUCUAUCAUUUCAUUCCUUUUAAAUGCCGUAAAUCCCCCCACCCCAAAAUCAAUGUUGUCUGAAGUAAAUACAACAUUGAUUUUGGAGUGAAGGUGUUGGGGUAGACAGAGGAAGGGGAUAGGUUGUCCACUACGCAAAAACGGGUCAUUUAUGGGAAGUGUCUCAACACUUUUAUUCCUCAUUGUAGGUUCACUUGCAUGUAUACGUACUGCUAAGGAAGAAGGGUGGGCUUCAGUCUGCCUCGAACUGGUUUAGGAUUUCGCUUUUUCUCCAUAAGUUCAAGAACAUUUAAACUUCUAGAGUUCUCAAAUCUCUCAAAAAUAGUGAUUAGAGGGAGAGAGAGGAAGAAAAAAGAAUAUGUGGCAGGUGUGAACAUGUGCACAUUUGUGUACUUUUCAUGUACAAAUUAUUGGAUCUCAUUAUGCCUGAAAAGUGCCAAAAUUGCAAGAAAACUAAUGAAAACCAAUUAAAGAAAUUCCUUUGUUGAUUUUAUUCAUUUAAAUAUUUGAGAGGAAAGCUAUUAGGGAGCUCAAGCAAAGACUUUUUUGAUCGGUGCCACCUUUCAACUUGACGUGAGGCCUUUCCUUUUUGACAUGCCUUGAAGCUACCAAAAGUGUAUUGCUAAGUGUCUUUACUCUUAUUGAGACAGUUUGCUGCAAAAUAUUUUGGGCAUAACAAUUACUGUUCAAGAUGCAUUAUGUUCACUUCCAUUCGACCCCAUUGUGUUGUAUGUGAAACGUUGCUUAUAAGCAGAACACAAGAUACUAACCAGCCUACACUGCGCUCUGCAAAAUAAAUCAACGAGCGAACUGAGAACUAUGGAUUAAGCAAAUAAUAUUAUUAAAAUCUUGCUAAUUCUCUUAUCAUAAAAAACUAGUUGAUGUAAAUUUCAGAGGAUUAUUUUAAAUUAAUCACUGCAAUAGGAUCCCAAAAAUUAUCAAUAUCCAUGACCACUACACCCCUACAAAACAAUGGAAAAUGUGAUUAUAAGUACCUGUUUUUUUUUCAGCUUGUAAUGUUUUUCCAUCUUUACAAAAUUUACAAUGUGAUGCAGAGCAGGUCAGCAAAAAAACCAACCUACCAUCUGAUCUGAGAACGAUCGCUGCCAACAAAGGAUUCUUUGUUUCUGAUAACCAAGCAUCCGGGAACUGUUUAUUCCAUGCAUUAUCAGAACAAUUACAAAGUGUCAAAGGAAUUCAAAUCUCACACAAAGAGCUAAGAAAAACCUUGGUCCAGUUCCUCGAUGAGAACCCAAAUCUGGUAGGUUGAUGACUAGCCUAACUAAGACAAAAACUAUUGGCACGGGCCUUCCGUGUCUGUUUGGUGGAUUCCCCUCAUAUGAUAAGGAACAAGAAUCGCCGAAAGGCGAUUUUGACCUGGGCUGCAAAGGGGCUAUUUUUUCUGAGGGGAGGGGGCGGCUAUACACACUCAGGCUACCAUAAAACCUUGUCGGCAACCAUUGCAUGCAACAGAAUCUCAUGUGAGACUGAAACAUAAACUCAUUCAGAACAUUGUACCCUUUUGAAAGACUUUCGUAACCAAAAAAAAAAGAGUACCAUUUUUAAGUGGGGGCUGUAUAAUAACUUUUAAAUUCCACCAUUAUGAAUAAAAAUAAACAAGUUAGCCAUUAAUUCUAAACAGGAAACAAUUUGCAUUAUUUCCACGCACCCCUCCCCCAAUCCCUCUGUGCCCCAAAAUAUAGCGUGACAGUAUAACGUGACUAAUUUGACGUAACCGGAAAUUCCAAAAAUUGUUGUCCUUCUACGAGCAUAAAAUGCGACAGACUGAGCUGAUUUACACUAGACAGAAAUAUUGUAUUGUAUGAAAACCAGAAGUAUACUAAAACAGACAGUUAACUGCCCAUUGAUCCCGCCUGAUCCAGGGGCCUCACUGACUGCACGGAGACUUUACUGCGCUUUUCACAAACAUGCGAACUCUAAAGUUCAAAAGCCACCUUCACAAUUGUGUUUAUCGCUGCCGUCAAUCAUAAUUACGAUCACAAGCAACGAACCUUGAAACAGAGAAACACACAAAACGGAUCGAAAUCCACAAAUCACAAACCAUGACCUUUUGAACCCGUGAAGUAAAGUUUUGUUUCCUAAGAGGUCCGUUAAGAUGAUUGACAGCAGCGAAAAACGCAAUCGUCGGUUGGGUUCUGAACUCCAGGGGUGCUUACCAUUUGACAGAAAAAUCCGGUUGGGGUGUCGAAAGCAUAAUGGUAAGCGAUUUACCAGUUUACCGUAGAAAUGCCACAUCCGUUACGGUUUGAAUCCAAAAAAGGGGCGAAUUUGUGUAGCGUGAGUCUGGAACCGAGAAGGAACCGAGAAAUUGGUUAAUGGUAAGCGACAUUCCGUUUGGUUCGUACCAACCGGAAUGAAGGGACUACCUCAAAACGUACUCCUCAAUUUUCGGUUGGAAUUUCCGGAAAGUGACCUUACCAUUUACCAUCCAUCCGGAACUUUCGAAAUUUUCUGUCAAAUGGUAAGCACCCCAGAAUUCGCAUGUUUGUGAAAAGUGCGAUCCUAAUUUGCGGUCCACAGUCUACAUGAAAACGCACUAUUUUUUCCACAAGAUGAAAGGUAUUCAGAUUUAAGAUUUUCCUCACGGUAUUUUUCUCUAACUUAAAGGAAUAAAAUCCUUUGCAUUUUGAGACCUAAAAAAGUGUAAAGAUUUCUCGCUCGCAUGUUGCGUUCUCCAGCAGGCACUUCAAACAAUGUAAAUAGAUGAAACGAUCGAUAACAUAUUUUUUACCUGAUACCGAUGUGAGUUAAAAAUUCGCUCCAGUUCUGUUUGUCUCACCCAAGACUAACUUUUCUUCAUGGAAACUAUGCCGCUUUAUAACUCGUCCGAGGUUUUUGUGCCAGCUAAACAAUAUGGAAACACUAUUCACAGUGACUCCUUGGAUAUUAAAAAGACUGAACGUGACGCACUAUUAUGCCUUUGUUUACUUCUGAUCACAUCUUCAAGCGAAGUCUCUCUUUUCAAGCGAUUCAUCUCAAUGUACAAUAAUUGACCCUUAUAUUAGUUAAAAUUCUAUGGUUCAUUUAUAUUAAUGCUGUUUUUGCCCCUCACAUUGACUGUGUUCGUUCGUAUUCAAAACACCUUUACGCAAAUAAAGGUCGUAUGAGUCUUGUGUGUUAUGUUUCGAGAUAAAUGGAUUAUACGCUUUUUUAAGUUUCCAUUUUGCGGUGACUUCAGUUUACAUCUCCAUAAAAUGGUAAAAGAAAUAUCAAGAAACAUCACGAGAGCUGAAAAUUUUGAAAGGCAUGUGACAAUAUUGGUUAACAUUGGUUAACAUUGAGAUAUUGUAAGUCGUGACGUAUUAGCCUCGCUUUUCAUGGGAUUAAAGAGUUGUUGUUGAACCGCCAUCUUGAAGUUGCUCAAUUCACUUCGUCUUCUUGUCCGGCUUAAUACACCGGUAAUGAUUGUUACAUGGUGGCAGCGGUAGACAAUGCCUACUGAUUCUGACAGUCAAGCUUCUGGACCGCAAGCUUCAGCUCCUGCUUUUCGUCGGUCACAAGUUUCUCCUCCGCAACCUCGAGAGAUCGAAGGCGAUCGGGCCGACAACUGGAAAAUCUGGAAACAACGAUGGGAAAAUUACUGUAUCAUCACGGGCUUAAAGAACCAGCCAGAAGACUACAAGUGCGCCAUUUUACUGCAUAGCAUUGGAAUAGAAGCCAUGCGAAUUUUCAACGGCAUGAAAUUCUCCGAAGGCGAGGACCGUAACAAGAUGGCAGAUAUUCUAGUCAAGUACGAUCAGCAUUUUCUCGGUCAAACUCAGGAAUUCUUUGAACGUUUUCAGUUCAACCGUAGAGAUCAAGCUUCUGGUGAGUCAAUUGAUGAGUAUCUUUCAGUUCUGCGAAACAUGGCUAAAACUUGUGGUUUCUGUGACCGCAUGCGAGAUUUGUUGAUUAUGGACCGCCUGCUCUUAGGCAUCUCGGAUGACAAAACACGCGAAGAGCUACUCUCUACUCAUGAUUUGACUCUGAAUAAAGCUAUUGACAUCUGUCGAGGAAUGGAAGCUGCUUCUCUUCACAUGAAGGCCCUGAAGAAUGAAGAAAUUAAUAAGAUCAAGGAUAUAUCGAAGAAGACAAAGAAGUCAGGCUAGAUAAACACCAGCAUAAAACCAAGAAACCUCCCCAAAGUGAUGAUCAGAAACCUGCAAAGAAGAAGUGUCUAUACUGUCUUCAAAUUCAUGUGAUGAAAAAAGAAUUGUGCCCUGCCUGGGGAAAAACCUGUGCAGCCUGUGGUGAAAGAAAUCACUUCAAAGCCUCAAAGAAGUGUAAACACCAAGGUGUCAACUCUCUUGCUGAUGGUUACUCCUCUGAUUCAUCUGAAAGCAGCACUGGAACCAUUAGCACUGUAACAGCUUUUGAAGAUCAAGUUGUCAAUUCAGCAAACCCUGGCAACCAGCUUAUUUUCUGCGAAAUGGAAAUCAACAAAAGGCCUGUCAGAAUGCAAAUUGACUGUGGGGCUACAGUUUGUAUUCUUCCAAAGCACUACUUGGGGGAUCAGCACGCUAUUCGUCCUGAGAGGGUUCAUCUUCAGAUGUGGAACAAAACGUCUUUACCUGCCCUUGGCAAGUGUGAGGUCAAAGUCAAGAACCCCACCACUAAGAAGAAGUACAAGGUGGACUUUGUCAUUGUUGACAACCACUUCACACCUCUCCUCAGCAGUAUUGCUGCACAGAAGAUGAAUCUCAUGAGUGUCCAUUAUGACAAGUUUAAAGCAGUUAAUGUUGUCCCCCAUGGUAGCCAAUACUUCAAACAGUUUCCUGAUGCCUUUAAAGACACCCCUGGUACCCUACCUGGGAAGAAAGUUCACUUAACAACCAUUGAAGGUUCCACUCCUGUCGUCCGUUGUGCCCGCACUCUGCCUGAGUCUAGAAAACAAGUUGUCAAAGAUGAACUUCUGCGUUUAGUGGAUGCAGGAAUCAUUGUGCCUGUGGAUGAACCUACUGACUGGGUCAGUCAAAUGUCUGUUGCUGAAAAGAAAGCUGGAAUUCGUAUCUGCAUUGACCCAAGACCUCUUAAUGAAGCACUGAAACGUGAACACUACAAGCUUCCCACUCUAGAAGAUGUUCUUCCAGACCUUACCAAGGCGAAAGUAUUCUCUGUUUGUGAUCUCAAGUCUGGGUACCUUCACUGUGAGCUCGAUCAUGCAUCAAGUUUGUUGACCACGUUUGCCACGCCUUUCGGACGCUAUCGGUGGCUACGUCUCCCAUUUGGUUUGAAAGUCAGCAGUGAAAUCUUCCAAAAACGACUACAUCAUGCUCUUGAAGGCCUUGAGGGAGUCCGCUGUAUCGCUGACGAUGUGAUUAUUUGGGGUCGAACAGAUGAAGAACACGAUGCACGUGUCUGUACCUUCCUCAAUUGCUGUGUCGAUAAGGGUAUCACCUUGAGCAAAGAGAAGUGUCGUUUUGGUCUCAACGAGAUCCCGUUCAUGGGCCACGUGUUGACCAGUGAUGGCCUCAAGCCAGACCCCUCCAAAGUUGAAGCAGUCCAAAACAUGGCACCUCCUCAAGACAAAGCAGCAGUGGAAAGACUAAGAGGAACUGUGAAUUACCUGUCUGAAUUUGUUCCAAACCUGUCUGAUGUGAUGCGUCCAAUCUAUGACCUAGCCCGCCCCACCUCUGAGUGGACGUGGGAUGCUGUGCACGAGAAAGCUUUUACAGAGAUGAAGCGCUUGCUGACACAAGCACCUGUACUAGCCUACUUUGAUCCAAGUAAAAGCCUAACGAUCCAAUGUGAUGCUAGUGGACAGGGGCUGGGAGCCGCCCUCCUUCAAGACGGCCAGCCACUAGCAUACGCCAGCCGGGCUUUGAGUGAAGCAGAAGCCAGAUAUGCCACCAUAGAGAAGGAGAUGCUCGCGAUUGUGUUUUCCCUAGAAAAAUGGCACCAGUACACGUUUGGUCGUCCUGUGACUGUGUAUUCAGAUCAUAAACCACUUGCAAGCAUCGUGGAGAAGCCCCUGGACAGAGCUCCUAAGCGCUUACUGGGAAUGUUAAUGCGCGCCCUGGCAUAUGACAUCGAAGUUAGAUACCUAAAUGGUAAAGAAAUGUACCUAGCCGACACGCUCAGCAGAGCUCACCUGCCAAGAACCUCUGAUUGUGGACAAGAAGAGUUCGAGACCAUAAAUGCCCUCUCCUAUCUGAUCAUGCCUGAAGAGAAGAUUCAUGAGAUACGCCAGCACACCAGUGACGAUACCUCUCUUCAACAGCUGAAACGCAUAAUACAAGAAGGUUGGCCAGCAGACGAGAAAUCACUACCACCCCUCGUUACCCCCUACUUCAGUGUCAGGGAUGAACUUGCAGUUACAGACGGCUUGAUAUUCCGCGGCGAGCGACUUGUGAUACCUAAAGGAAUGCGAGCAGCAGUCAAGAAAGACAUCCAUAGCGGACACCAAGGAAUUGAAGCCUGCCUGCGCCGCGCAAGGGAACAUGUCUAUUGGCCAGGAAUGAACAAGGAAUUAAAAGCGUGGAUUCGCACCUGUGAGACAUGCAGAGAGAAUGAACUGACACCUUGCAAAGAGACGCUUAUGUCUCAUGAAAUCCCUGAAGGAGCAUGGGAGAAAAUUGGAGCAGACCUCUUCACUUUUCAUGACAAAGAGUACCUCGUCACCGUCUGCUACAAGUCUAACUUCUGGGAGUUGGAUCCACUCACCAACACCAAGUCAUCAACUGUGAUCAAAAAGUUGAAGUCACACCUGGCGCGGUAUGGUAUCCCCAGGCAACUGGUCACAGAUAAUGGUCCCCAGUUUACAUCCAGCGAAUUCAAGUCUUUUACAAAGAAAUGGGGCAUUGAACACACUACCACAUCACCGUACCACAGCAAAGCAAACGGAAAGGUUGAAUCGGCUGUGAAAACUGCGAAAAGAAUGUUACGCAAGACAUCAAAGUCAGGAGAAGACCAGUACCUGGCUCUACUCAAUAUCCGGAACACACCAACUCAAGGUGUUGCUAGUAGCCCAGCACAGCGUCUUCUGGGAAGAAGGACAAGAAGUCUGCUACCAUCCACAAGAUCACUCCUGGAACCCAGAAACCCACCAAAUCUCUAUGAGAUGGAACAACUCCAGUUAAACCAAAAGAGGCAGCAGUGUUAUUACAACCGGUUAGCCCAUGAUCUUCCAGCCCUGAAUGUUGGCGACACUGUCAGAAUGAAGCCAUUUGUGCUCGGCAAACAUGAUUGGGACAAGGGUAAAGUGACAAAGCGAUUAGAUGAGAGGUCCUUCGAAAUCCAGUCACACGGGUCCACCUAUAGACGCAAUAGGCAGCACCUGGUCAAGAGCCCUCCUGUACCAGUACCAGAUACACUACCUGCACCAGAUCUACUACCUGGACCCCAACAGAGUCCAGAUACCGGAUUGCUAAACACACAAGCUGCGAACAGCCAGAAGGGCCACCUGGAAGCAAAGUCCACCAAGCAAUCAUCACCUGUGCGUACUCGCUCGGGACGUGUCAUCAAAGAGCCCGUUAGAUUCCAAGACUAUGUUAAGACUUAAUCGUUAUCAUUUUAUUUUUCUUCCGUAACAUCGAUUUCCAGGAACUGAGGCUUUAGAACAGUAGUUCAGAAAAUAACACACUGCACUUUCAGUAUAUUCUUUGUUUAAUAAGCUUAGUUUUGCAGUAUCAUUGUUAAGUUUUGCCAUUAUCAAAAAAAAAAAGGGAGGAUGUGACAAUAUUGGUUAACAUUGGUUAACAUUGAGAUAUUGUAAGUCGUGACGUAUUAGCCUCGCUUUCAUGGGAUUAAAGAGUUGUUGUUGAACCGCCAUCUUGAAGUUGCUCAAUUCACUUCGUCUUCUUGUCCGGCUUAAUACACCGGUAAUAAUUGUUACAAGGCAUGUUUCUGAAACUCGCUAAUGCUGACAUCAAUAUAGCGUGCUUGCUGAAUGGGCGAAAACACAGAAUUGUGAUCACAAGAUCUUGUACAAAUUUAAUGACAAAAGCUUAGCAAGAUACAGAUACAAACAAAAGCAAACCCCCUGAAACCUCGACGUGGGCUACACUUGUAUGCUCUACUCAGUCACCAAACCUUGUCAGUAAUAGCUCCUAUUUUCCUCAAGUCGCUGAAGCUCCCGGAUGGGAUGUCCCGGAGAAGCUUUAAACUUGUGUGCGAAAUUCUCAGAGUUCCUAUUUUUGUCCUGUCUUCUUUAUCCUCAGUAUCCGAAAUUUAGAUCUCCAAAGUGGCGUGUGUUGCAUUAAAUAGAAGGAAAUAUUUAAAGGAAAAGCCAGUCUUCUAACAUGGCAAAGUUGUCACGUCCCUCGCUUAUGGACGUGCCUCACAUCAGGAUUCAUCUGCCAUUCAUCGGCAACUGAGUUGUUCGCUUCACUGACUAUGACGGCUUACAAUCAAGUCUUUAACCAUAGUGUCGUCAACUGGUGAAAUACUUUGCUCAUAAAUUGUGCUUCUUAAUUGCUCAUGUACUACAUCGAUCGAUAGUUCACGAAGCAGCCACGGCGUUCCAAAACUGACGCUCACAGUCAUCUUUUCAGUCUUUUAGUGUGAACCUACCGUGAACGGCGUGUCGGUUUGAAUGCAACGCUAGCAUUUCUCUGAGUUUCCCAGCGCCAACAUCAUCUAACUGACUUAAACUCGAACAAAAAAAAAAUUAUAGAGUUACUCCCAUGGUCGAAUAGCUUCGAACAACGCAAAUAGCGUUCUUCAGGUUCGCAACGCCUUGUGGGUUUUUCAGGGGGAGCGCAGACAAGGUACAAAAAGUAUGCGUGCAAGGGUUCAUGCAAGAGAAAACCCUAUGAAACCAUUUGUGAAAACAUCGUUUCUACGAACCAGACCCUCGUGUUUUCCCUCCCCCGGAUGACCACUUUGUGACAUUGACGACCGAAAACCCAUUUUAUGACUGGGCGCACAGGCAGCCCAGUAACUAAACAUAUCAUGCUGUCCACGCGAGAACUUGUGAGUCAGCUCCAGCUUUAUCUGUCACUUAUACUCUUAUACCACCCAGCUCGUCCUAUUCUUGAUGAGUUCAUAUCACUGCUAAUUACUGCCCUACACCUGUUCCUCAAAUUGUAUCACGCCCCUUGAUUCCUUAACUCAGUUCGACAUUUCUUUGCUAAACUAAAUUAGAUAAAAGCCGGGAUUGAACUAGCCUCCCGUGCAGGUGUCUUUAGGGAAACUCGUUUUCCAUCCCUCCCCACAAACGCCUGCUCAACCGAGGACAACAUUCCUUUCCCAUUGUUACAUUCGUGUGGUAAGUGACCAAUCAACAGUUUUGAAAUGAAGUGUCGACAGGCUAAACACGACUUAUAAGCUCUUGAUAGUGCAAAAACGUGACCCAGAACGUGACCCUAGAGUUACCUUUUUCCUUCUUUUCUUUCCUUUGCUAAGGUUAUGCAGUGCAUGGAGAAUUCUAAAAUCUGACUGAGUAAAUGUUACUUUUGCUGCUCUGAGUCUAAUAUUUAUUAGAGGACAUGAAUGUUUCUCAAAGUCUCAUGCAGAUCGCGUAAUUGUCGGGUUCCCUUGCGGUCAAAGUCAACUUUCCAGAAUUUGGAAAGUACAACAUGAUUGGCUAAGCGUGGGAAAGGAAUGUUGUCCUCGGUUGAGCAGGCGUUUGUGGGGAGGGACGAAACACGAGCUCCCCUAAAAACACCUGCAUGGGAAGCUAGGGUUGAACAUAACAAAAAAGAAUCGAAGUAUUAUGGGAUCAAGACUAGGCUUUCUCGAUCUUCUUUGAAAUAACCCACCUCUUCGUAUUUAGUCUGAAAUACUUGAGCUUUGACGGCAAAACUUGGAGGGUAAUAGCAGCGAAAAACAACCAUUUUAGGUCACUUGUCUUGGUGACAUUACACAAAUACCGGUACGUCAUGACUUGAAAUACCGGUAGUCACCUUCUGUCGCCAUCUAAGGUUACAGGUGAACCAGGUGAAUUUUUUUUAAAAUCCCUGUUAACAGUAUCAUUUCCAUCUGAAAACUUAACUUCCAGAAUUUUGGGGAGAAUCAAAUUAAUAGAAAAAUAUUCAUUAUCAGGGCUCUCUCAAGGCAGGCCCAGUUUAUAAAAUACCUUCUAUUUUCUCUCCAAGGGGUAUUAACUGGGAAGUCAUAGUGAGGGUGUGCUGUCGGGCUCUCCAAAUCUUGACACUAUUUCAGAGAAAUAGCUAUAAGGUUAAUGUAAGGAAGUACUCCCCAGGGAUUUCCUACGGCAAAAAAUGAGGACUAUCAAUUAUUGAGUUAGUAACAGCGAAGCAUAUUAAAUGAAGGCAGCCAUAUCCUCAGAGACACAGGGUCAGCUACAUGUAGUUUGGAUGAUAGAAUGUUUGUGGUGAAAGUUUACUGUAAGAUUGAGAUGAGCCCCUAGGCACUUACUCUUACCAAACCAAUUCCUGAAGAUGUUGAAUUGCGUGCUUCUGACUGGCCAGAAUAAAAAUUUUCUGGCCAAUCAGCGAAAAGGAACAGCGGGGUGACUCUGGUGUUUUCUUUCAUGACGUAGGUUUUCCUUCUCGAUUGCCAUUGUUGAGUAGCCCAUUUAACUGGGAAAGUUUCUCGAGAGAAGUUUCAGAAAAAAUGUUAACAAAGGCGGAAACGUUUCAGAAGUCGUGCAAACAAGCACGGAGAUCUAUCAUGUAAGCUUGGCAUUGUAUACUAGACAAUGUGAGCAAAGGUGUGGAAAGUAAAGGUCGUGCAUCGUGUAUCAGCAAUAAAAAUUAUGAUACCUUCGACAGAUCCGUUGUGAAAACUAAUCGGAGAUUGUUUGUUUCUUUUAGCCAUACUAAAGCAUGCAAUUUUCCCUAUAGCGGCUAAGCCUGCAUAGCAAGAGUUUCCUAUCGAGUUAUUGUGCGAAAGUUAGAGCAUGAGCCCAACUUUCUCAUCGAACUCGCACGGAAAUGCUUGCUACGUAGGCUAAAUGUUUCCGGAUUUAUUAACAUUUUUUUCUGAAGCUGUCCUCAAUAAACUUUCCCCGUUGAACACCAUACACAAUUAGAGCGAUCAAUAAGUGUGUGCAGCCUUUAAAUACACUUUCUAGCAGAUUGAAAUCUCUCCAUGUCUAUGUCGCUUACUCAGAAAAAAUUGAGAUUCACUUGUUUGAUUGUUUUUGUUUUUUAGCACAAAGGAACAUCUCUGUUUAACUUUGUCUCUGGAUACCCAUCUUGGCGUGAAUACUUACAAAGCAUGGCGAAAGACGGUACUUGGGGCGAUCAUGUGGUUUUGUUUGCUGCAGCGAAUCACUUUCAAACUACCAUUCGUAUUAUCAGCAGUCUCGACCAUGAGAUAGUUGUCCAGCCAGAUCAUGCACUUGCCAACACCACCCCCCUUGUGCUGGGACACAUUCACGAGUUACACUAUGUCAGCCUUCAGCCCAGACAAGGUAAAACAUUCUUUCCAAUCACAAACAUCCUGGGUUUGUUUUUUGGACUUGUGGGAAUUAUGUGUGAAGAAUUUAUAUACAUAUAGCUAUUUUGAGAAAGGUUGUCUGAAAAAAUGUGCAUGCGACAAUCCCAAAAGGUAAUAUGGGAUAUGAUCAAUACAUGGUUCCUGACACUGUAUCUGAUGAACCUACUUUUGUUGAUUUCCUUUACUACUUACAGUCAUAUAUGUCCAGUCAUGUGUUCAAAUUUCUUUGAAAAACAGUGAACGCAUGUACUUUAUCCGACAACCUUCUUCAAAACAGCUGUUUAUCAGUAGCAGAGGACAUUGCAAGAUGAUGUUAAUACUGUAAAUGUCUCUAUGAGAAUGAACUUUAUUUUUUUUUCUAAACAAUAAGUUGUCCCUGCUUAAUCUGAAUACUAGUUGUACAAGAUGUCGUUCCAUUGGAUGUCGUAACCUUGUACAAAAGUGAGCAAGCUCAAAAACCUUCUGAUUUAUGUCCGUAUCCUUGAUUUCAUAGCAAACGGCAUAUCUCAUUUAUACUUUUAAGUAAUUGUGACUGAAAUGAAAGAGUUGAAGGACAGAACUUGUCUAAAUCUUCUUUUAGGAUUGCAAAGAUUACUCAUCACUGUUUAAACUGUCAGUUUUCUUUGUUACAAUCCUUUCAUUUGUUAUCUCUGCCUUUUUUUCCCAAGUCAUUAUAUAUGUCCGUGAUUAUUGUAGGAGUUGUAGUUGUGUUUGUUUACAUGCUUGAGUUCAAAUCAGACAGCGCUACGUUAGCACUUAAUGGACAUGCCGUGUGAGUGUUCAUUACCGUAAUUCCUGAGCAGAGAGGUUCCCACAAAGGCAGAAUUUAUCUCUACUGUAAUAAAAAAUUGCAGAGAUAUAAGAGAAUUAACUCUUGCACUAACCUGAUUCCUUUUCGGUCUGAGGUCAUUGGCUCAAAAGUAACUCCAUCAGCUUGUUAGCGAAAAUUUUAUGUUCUCGACUAUUGUACAAUGAAUUAGAACAUUAGUGUUGUUAUUUCUGAAUAAUUGUUAUAACUGAUCAUUGUGAAGAAUAACAGCUGUUAUUGUAUGAAUAGAGUGGUGAAAAAUUUGCAAUCUUGACCCUUGAAAUCUAGCGUGCGCUUCAGAGGAAACUAAACUGUAGUAAAGUCCGUCUGCGAAACAGCGCUGAAAUCCGUGUUAUAUUGGUGCUGCUUCACAGACAUUACUAACCGAGCCUAAAUUACGUCUGCGACGCAAGUAGGAAGUCAAGUUAGAAUUUUAAUAUAUCGAAUGUGGGCUAUUCGCAAAUCUGAGCUAUCUUUGAAAUGUCCAUCUGUCACAUAACAUCCAAUAUAAAAUUUGAAGUUCCCUUAGGGAAAAUCACACAUGUAAUUUAAUGUAUGCCUCAUUGGUUUAGACUUCAAAUAUGAGCUGCAAGUUUAUCAUUUUAAUUCUUAUGUUUUGAUUACAGUAAACACCCGCAUAUAAGAACACACGAUUUUGGAGGUCAGGCUGAUUGAUCAUGAGUUCUUAUUUAUCGGGUGCUUAAUGACAAAUCAGCCUCAAAAUGUUCUUAAAUUUUUAUUUAGGUAGAACAAGGGCACUUUGAGACCGCCAUCUUGAUUCUUGACAAUUUUUUCGUCUUUUAUUAUGGCUACAGGUGUUUGGAAACAUUAUUGAGCUAUUUUGAAAAAAUAGCUCAUAUGUCAGUGGUGUGAGCGUAUGUAUCUUUGUGGCUUUGUAACUUUGUAUCUUUGUAACUUUGUAUGUUCGGAUGUUUGUUGCAAGAGCCAAUAAGGUUGAAGGUGCUAUUAGUUGAUGCUUAGGAACCAAUGAGAUCUUAGCAUCUACUUAAACAUGACAUUGGUAAAGGUCGAACAAGGGCACUUUGAGACCGCCAUCUUGAUUCUUCACAAUUUUUUCGUCUUUUAUUACGGCUACAGGUGUUUGGAAGAAUUACAUUAAAUAUCUUCAUGAUUCAAACGCUGUGUACAGUGAUGCAGCUGUUUAAGGGUUGAUAUUUUAGUGUGGAUGCUGCUUCAAGGCAUUUCUGACCUAAUUCGGCUAUCUGUACAACGCACGUCAGAAUGAGUUCUGUUUCACCUGCUACAACUGGGUAGAGUAUAAAAGAUCAGUGUAAAACGCGGACUGCGGACUGCAGACUGCAGAGUGCAGACUGCGGACCAGGGGUAAACUACAGACUGAGUGUAAAAUGCAGACUGCAGACUGAGAGUAAAACGCGGGCUGGGGUAAAAUGCAGAAUAAAGACUGUAGACUUUUUUAAACAUUUGUGCUCCUUCCUUUCCAAAUCGGUGAAAUAGCUAGCCGGUAUCAGUUACACACUUCGCUUCCUAGUCGAAGUGGAUUGCACAUUCGCCAGAAGUUUCAAUGAACAUCCGAACAGCUCAAGUCUGUGUACGUUGAUUUGCAAUACUUCCGUAGAAGGUCAUCCAAAUUUCCUGCAGAACAUCUUUCUUUGUUGUUGGAAUGAUUUACUCCCUUUUUAAUCGCCAUAACUCUUCCUGUACAGUAUUUUGGGUCAGCAGCUUCCAUUUAAGCGUAAACAUCGUGGUGUUGUAUCCAAUUCACGGUCCCUGCAGGGGCACCCAACGAGAAUAGAGUUCAAAACCGCUUAAACAUAGCAUUGUUAAACGUAUUUUAGUAUUUAAACGGUAGAUAAAGGCACAUUUUUAUCCCCUAAAAAUGUUUCAUCUGUUCGGAUUUCCUAGCUGAAAGUCUAGUGAUCCGAAAAUUAUAGGGAUCAAAACUUACCUUUUCGAAAAUUUCAGCCAGAAAAAAGGCUCCCGAAAAUUCUAGGUGACCUUUUUAGGGUAAAAAUCCGUUAAAAAUAGGCAAUUAUACCAUUUUUUGGAUGUUCGAAAAUCCUAGGAGAGGCAGGCAAUCAAGAAAUUUUACAACAAAUGUUUCGAAAAUUCUAGAUCUCAAAUCGUCUUCCGAACAGAUAUUUUUCCGAAAAUUGUCGUUGGGUGCCCCUAUCCCUGGUCACGUAUAUCGAAAACUUCACGCCUAAACUUGAAGCGUGAGGUCUCUCGGACGGAAAAAAGGUUCAAGAUUGCGAUUAUAUGUUUUUGGGUUGUCGACAACGUUGUAGAGAAGAAAGUCCUGAAUGGAUUUGUGAAAGCAGAUGUCGUCAAGUAAGUGUUCGUUUACAUGUAUUUGCGGGAUUUUUUUACCCUUAAACCUUUCAACAACUACAUGUACAGUUUAUGCUCGGUCUGCAUUUUAGCCCAGCCUGCGUUUUACUCCUAGUAUGCAGUCUGCAUUUUACACUCAGUCUGCAUUUUACCCCUGGUCCGCAGUCUGCAGUCUGCAGUCCGCAGUCUUCAUUUUACACUGACCGAAUUAGAUACUGUUUUACUGAGUGGAGUAACAUGAUAUGAGCAGAAAUAUAUUUCGGCAGUUUGAUAAUUUUCUUGGAAGUAAAUAAAUGUUAGGCUAUCAACCUUGACGUUGCAUGAAACAUAAUUUAAUUGCAGAUUUUGUAAUGAAGCCGAGGUGGUUUCUUGAAAUCGUAGGGAUAAUUUUGUAGUAAACAAUUUGCGUUUUUUUACGUACGAAUUGUAAAAGGGCCAAAGGCCAACAUCUUCACGUGCAAAUUGUGUGCAUGAGUUAUUUUUAUAAUUCUGUUUGCUAGAGUACCGUGUGAUAACUCGAAUUCCCCCACGUACGAACCACGAAAGGGGGCAAAGUCCAACACUUUCACGUGCCAAUUGUGUGACUGUACAUCUCAUGCAGAUUGGCUUUUCACAAUAAUAAUAGUAACUUGAACGUUUGAAGACCUGUUUCGUUUUGUAACCAAUGCCUGAAAAAAGGCUCUUGUCUUUUAAGAAGCAAUAGCUUUUAAAACAUGAAGAAAUAAGUUGUCGGAGUUAAGGACUGUUUCACUGAGUAGAAUUGCACGUGAAAUCCUCGUGAAUUGUGAUGAUGCAACCAUCUACCACAAUGAUAAGAAUCCUGGUAUUUCGUAACUACUCGAAUUCGAUGAGUCACGUUUUGGCUUAAGAAACUCCGAGGAAACCUUAGAGUUUUCCUUCUAAUCAACGUUUGGUGAGUAGAUAUUUAUUUUACUUUAAUAAUUUGUUUAACUUGCACCAAAUGUAACAGGGAAAGACAGAGGAAAGUGAAUAUAUAGCAUGAGGAUCGACGCAGCUGAGCGUUUCGCGUUUUCAUUUAUGUACGGCAAUACCUAAUUCCGCACAAAAACCCAGUCUACAUUUAGGACGAAAAAGGUAGAUUCAUCACUCUUGGUAAGGUUACACUGAAGCAUUAAAGUUACACUGAAGCAUUCAAAAUAGCUCAUGCACGUUUAACGCGCCUAUGUUAUAAGAACAUGUUACAAUUUUCAGGCUGAUCUUGUUCUUAUAAUCAAAGAAAGACUAUCGUCAACUCGUAGGUACGUUGUUUAGAAAAUAAUCAAUUAGAUAUCACCUCUGGUUCUCCCACAGUAAAUUUUAGGAAAUGAUAGAAAUUUAGAUUAUAAAUAUACUAUCCUUGUUCUGGAAACACAAUACUUUUCUUGCUGUUUAUUGCACUUUAUUAGCAGUUAUUUAGGUAUAUAUUUAAAAACAAAAAAACAAAAAAAAACAGCAGAACAAAAAAGCAAACAAAACAAAACAAAAAAGAAAAAAAAAAGGAAGAAGGGAAAAAGAAGGUGAAUAGAAGAAUUUGAACCCGGUGCCUCCGAGUUGACCCGACCUCACAUAGCCAUUACGCCAUUGAAGAUAAUCUCGUGGUUUGGUGAAAAGUCUCAAAUUUAAUGCGUUUUCCACGGAACUUCCGCCCGCAAACGAUCGAACCAUACUUAACCGAUUGAAAAAACGACUCGAAGCAAUUGGAUGAAAUUAAGGCUAAUCGAAACCAGGCUACUGACAGUAAAAAACAAUGUAAACGCAUUUCAUGGCAAUGAAAGAACAUAUGCGAUACAAAGCCGACACAACUCCUCCGCGAAGUAGGACGCAAAACACAAGCUUAUGUUUUCUUAUCUCGAUUUCCGCUGUCAUUUUAAAGCUAAUGCUCAAAAUCGCAUCCAUUUCCCCCCGAGACCUUGAGGAGCACUUAAGAAGAAGAAGAAGAAGUGCCUUUAUUUACCAUACAUUCAUUCAUACACAUAACCCACUACAUUACUACAAGAUAGGAGAUCAAUCCAGCCUCGAAGUUGAAAGAGUCGAAGAGCAAAUGCUCAUCUUCUCGUCAAGUUUAACGCCUGGACGAGUCAAAGGCAUUGCCAGAAAUUAGGGACAAGAUGGCGGUUGCGCGUGCGCACUAAGGCCACAAUGGCUGCGAAUUCGUAUAAGAAAAUGUAUGGAGAUAAGGAAACUUUUUCAAAUAUAUCGAUUAUGAGCUCACGGGUGUUCGGUGCCCGACUCGAAACAUGUUAAGUGCUGUGCAACCCUCGCAUCUGGGUUAAAAAUAGCUAAUUAGAAGUAGGUUUACUUACUUCCUGACGUGGCCACUUUUAUUCCUUGUUGUACGCUCCAUUUCUCCAUACAUUGUCUUAAAAUCUUGCCGAAGUCAUGCGAAAUACUCGUCGAUUAGAGGAUAAACCCUUCACUGAAGUAAAUUUGCCCGACUCGAUAUCACUUCUGCGAUGGAAGAUGUUUCCAAAACAGUCGUUAAAAGGACGAUUUUUGCACUGCAAAAUACUUCCAAAGGCGCAUUAUUUCCCUCAGUUUUCCAUCUGUAGUCCAGUAAUGGACGCCAUGGUUGCGAAUGACACAUUUCGGUCGGACACAGCUUCACAACUCCAAACCCCACAGAAUCGCCAUUUUGUUUGUUGCUACAACUCCAGAGAUGCUUCACGGGAUAUAAACUACGUUCCAGGCAUUCAAAAAUCCUCGAUUAGCCUACCAGGCUUGGUUUUAAAACAAAAUUGUCACGAAAAUGUCACGCAAGGUACAUCCGCGUACUGUUUUGUUGCUAUCAGCCGCUCGGCCGCGUAUAAACCUAACAUUUUCUUGCAAGGUGUUUAAUUCCAGCUUUUUUCUUCGUAAAACAGAUCCACAGAGCUCAAAUUAUUUAAAAAAUCGCAAGGGAUACGCUUUCCCUGACUACGAUAGUUUUUGUCCGCCAUUUUAAAAAUGAGAUUCCGCUGACAAUUGAUCACGGGCGCGGAAUGUCCACGAUUUCUGGCAAUGCUCUUGAAUCGUACUAAUCUGAAAGAUUCCUGCGUGUCUUAAAUUUGGUAAGACCUCUAUCCUCUAACCGUGCUGUAGCACACGAUGCACGCUCUCAGCGAGGAAUUUGAUGCCACCGAACUUCGGCGAGCGCGUGCUUCUUUGGAAACGAUAGCCUGCAUGACAGGCGCUUUAUGAGCCAAGCGGGGCGAACGCGAUAUUUCGCGCGGAGCGCGACACGAGCGCGAAGCGCGAGACGAGGGAAAGAGAAAAAUAAAGCUUUAUUUUUCUCUUUCCCUCGUCUCGCGCUUCGCGCUCGUGUCGCGCUCCGCGCGAAAUAUCGCGUUCGCCCCGCUUGGCUCAUAAAGCGCCUGUCAUGCAGGCUAUGGAAACGAUAGAUCUUCGCGCUCUCGAGUUCGGACACGAUUAAUUACGAAGUGCGUCUACAACGAGUGAGCGAGUGACUCAUUUGCAUAUCCCUGUCCCUGCAAUAACUCGUGAUACGCUCGCGCGUACCCACGAGUUAAAAAUGGGGCUUUACUGGCCAAAUUUCAGCCUGGUGUUCUUAAUCCAUUUGUUCUUAUAUGCGGGUGCAGUUUACUGUAUUUUGACCUAAAACAUAAAAGGUAAAAUUCCAUAUAUACUAAAGCCCAAACCUCAGUGCCAAAACACUAGGGUGUUCCCUGUGGUACUUGCUGUAAAUUUCAGUCUGACCCCUGAUCUGCAAUCAAAAUCCUUCUCUAUUUAGUUAAAAAUUAAAUUCACAAGCAUAUUUGUGGAUGGUUAAUGCUUCUACCAAAGCCAGAUUUUACACUUGUAGCCAUGAUAAUUUUACUAAUUUUUUCUUGUGGUCAUGGCAACUGUGUUACUUAUCAUAGUUGCUUAGGAAUUUUUUUUUGCUCAUAAAUAUUCAAAAUUUAAUUUAAUUCUCCAGGUUGUGUUAAGCCAUUUCGACUUAAUGUCAUGCAAGCAACAAAGAGAAGGAGAGACGUGGCUGAAGACUCAGAUGAAGAAGGUAAUUUCUAUGGUUAGAAAAUGACCCUCCUAGACAUGAAGCUAAAAAUGAAAAUGUGAUCGCUCACUGUACAAUGUAAGGCUAUUGCAACCUUGGUCAUAAUUGCUGGGACGUUGGACACUAGUGAGUACAUUUGGCUGAACCCAUCCCUCCUCACAAAGUUGGGAAGAACCCACUCAUUCUUAAGCAAGUGAGUGAUUAUUCCGUUUAAAAGAAACUUUUGCAUGUGGACCAACCGUAAGAGAACUUUUUGUUAGGGGCUAGUUAUAUGAAGGCAGAAAGAUUAUAGACCUAGACAGACCUUAGAGGGGGGAGCAACUUGUCAUUUGGUGAAAACAUGCAAGGUUAUGGCAGUUAAAAGUUAACCUGAUCAGGUUAACUUUUAACUGCCUUUCAACAGAGGCUCUUUUGGCUAAAUCUGGCAGUUUGUUUUUACUCAUUUUACUGUGAAGCUGGAAAACGUGAAGCCCAUCUUCCUCCAAUGUCUAGUUAUCUUUCACGACAUUCAGAAGAAUUGGUGCCGUUGUAUUAGUGCAUGCUGCUUUCCUCUGUACGUGUAUCUCAGUAUCUCUGAAGUGGGCCACUUAUAUUUUUUAACAAAACCUGUCCCAAUAUUAUACCCUCAAUCAGAAAAUACCAAAAUAAUACUUCAAUGAUGACAGCUAGACAAAACUGUCCUCCACUUUCAGUUAGCACAGAAAUAUUCAAACAUUCAAAUACUCAUGCCACAACUUCCAUCUCUGAUGAUUCAAAAAGGUAUACAGGUUUUGCCAAUUUGUACAAUGAAGGCCACGUUUUUAAGCUGAAACUUUGGGAUUUUAACAUUUAAAAUUUUGUGUACUGUUUAAAGGAAUGUAUUACAAUGACUGUGAGUUUUUUGAAUGGCUUCAAAAUCUCUGAUAUAUAUUUCAACUCAUUCUUGCUCUAAUAUUUAGAUUUGGGGUUAUUUUGGUCUUAAAAAUUGGAAGUAAAGUUUAGCUGUGUCUUUAUCAGAUAUAAAGACCCUCAUUAAACAUUAAUUUAUUUUGUUUUUUAUUUAUGAAUUUAGCACUGGAAAUAAGUUUUUUUUAAAAUGAAUUUAUCAGUCAGUAGGUGCACAGACACAGCAAAAGAAGAAAUUCAAUUAUUACUAACAGUACAGUCUUAUUGGUUAUUGCUAUAAUAUAUAGUACAAUAUAAUAUUCCUGGUGCUAUAAAGAUAUUGUGCUUAUUUCCAGUGCUUAUUUUCGCUAUUUCUAUUUCACUUUUUACAUUUAGUUCAUUUCAUUUGCCGGAAAGUAAGCCUUAGAAAUUAAAAGGACGUUUGAUCAAUUCACGCUCGCGCAUUCCAGUCUUGUUUUAAACUUUAUAGCGGAAGGACAUCUGUGAGCAGGGAAUAAGUCAGCACAGAAUUUGAUGGUCGGCGAAUUUCUGUAAUCGUCCAUCGUUCUGCUAGUGAUAAGCUGGCCGUUGAAUCAUUCGCUCGUCUUGCUUGUUUUGGGCCGAGUCUUAUUUCGGUCAAAGAGAGAGAAAGAGUGUCUGGCAAGGUUCAGCUGAAGGUUUCCGAUCAAAGAUUUGUGAACUCUUGUCUGGCAAACUCACUUAGUGUUAAAAUAUACACUGUUCUACGCACCUAAUAACUUCAUCUGCGCUUAACGAGUGUCUUUUGGUCCAUAACUUUCAUAACAACUGCUCCACAGAAUGUCACUGAUAACACGUAGCGCAAAAGAGUAUCGAAGUGUGACUGCACAAUUAAUGUUACAAAAUCUACCUAUUGUAAGCUGUUCUUUCGGGAUUUUUUGUGUUUUACGUCAUCAUCCUAACCAUUUCGUACUUGCGGGCGCAAACAAUAGGAACGUCAUCAUUACCUACCGAUUCCUCGCGGCCCCUGUUCAAGGAAAUCGAGAUUUUUUCUAUGUUGACCGAAUGACUGUAUAUUUCAACUGUAAGUACUUUCCUUAAUAUACGCGCGAGUUACUAGAGUGCCUCUUCGGGAUUUCGCCUCCUGGGCGAAAUCCCUGCCGGGGUAAUUAUUAUUAUUAGCUCAUCGUUAAUUAUUUUUCCUCCACUGAUCAGAAUCCAAGAUAUUCAAAUCUUCUGAGGAUACAACUCGCAGAUCAGAGGGCAGUGAUUGUAACACUCCCCGUAUUACCGCUGGUCUCACGUCUAUUUCAAAGAAUACUGCAAGCAGCACAAAGAACCAAAGAACCACAUCGAAGAGAAAGAGAAAGAAGAAAAGAAAGAGAAAAAGAAAGGAAAGGACUCCAAAAGAGUGCAUUAGGGACCCUCCAGAGCUUAUCAGAACCAGACUCUCAAAACAUGCUGAUCUUCCUGUUGAUCUUUUGUUACCGACAGUGAAGAAUGGUGAGUUAUUAGCUUUUUACAGUGAGCUAAAAAACCCCUAUAUAUGUAAUUUUAUGAUCUUGGUUAUGUGUACUUUUCUGAUGCGAGUGAAAGUCAAGAGAAAGUUAAAGUUGCAUUGUUAAGAUGUAACAAAAGUGGUCCUGGUGGUUCUCUCAUCUCUGUUAAGAAUGCUGCCACUGUGCUAAGACCUAAAGCAGUUAUAUCUGUUGGUGCAUCUCAUCCUGAGAAAGUUUAGACUGAAUUGGUGCAGCUCUUAUGAGUGAUAGGAGUUUUCAAACAAUGUCUACCAUUUGUGUGAUUAGUUCAGAUAGUGAAUGUGUUCCCUUGGUAUUGGACAAGCCUCACUGAAUUUUGUUGAAGGUGGAGAUAAACGAAUAUUUCAACAAACCGCAUCGUACGCCCCCACGACCCAUGUUUCUUGUAAGCUUUGUCGGUAAUCGGUAUAUCUUGAUUUAGUAUUUACCAAACAGUGAAUAGCAAUUUUUCCGCGUUUUGAUUUGCCCCCGUAACUCGGAAUAUCCUUGGCUAUUCACUGUUUUGCGAUCGGAGCCAAGAAGGCGUCUCGUUUCAAGACACUUUUUUAAAUGAAGCAGUCGUACAAACAAAUACCAAGUAAGCGACGAACUUUUGCUUUUCGGUGUUUACUGAUAGGUAGAAAAUUAUUUUCUUGCCGAAUUUACAGCAAAAUCAUACAAAAGCACUAGACAAAAUCCCCGAAAUGUUUGUAAAUUGUAAACAAAGUUCGCACUAAGUGACGUUUUUAGUUUACAAAGUUACUUUUUUCAUUUUAAUUCUACUGAUUUGGUGAAUACUAAAACAACUAACCCCCUCAAGGUCGAUGAACAGCGCUAGAUAUUUACCUCGACGCUUUGCGACUCGGUAUAUACAGCUAUUUUGAGAAAGGUUGUCGGAAAAAAUGUGCACUCGACAAUCCCGAAAGGUAAUAUGGGAUAUGAUCAAUACACUGUUUCUGACACUGUAACUGUCGAACCUACUUUUGCUGCUUUCUUUAAGCACUCGCAAAAAAGUCCAUGACCUCUCCUGUCAUUCUUUUAAACUUCUUUAAAGAACAGUGAACUCAAAAACAACCCACAAUACCUUUCGGGAUUGUCGCGUGCACUUUGUCCGACAACCUUUCUCGAAAUAGCUGUAUAUCCACCAUUAGUAAAAUCCAACUAGUGAUCUGUUAUCAAUGCUGCGUUCUUGAUUGGCUGAGCUACUACUAGGCUAUAUGUUAUAGCCCACUAGAAGCGAAAAGCGUCGGCUUUGAAAACCAAAACAAUAGCCGCUGAUCCGCGUUUUGCUAGCUAAAGUUGUUUUGUCUCGAUAUUUUUGACCAACUGGUUGGAUUUUACUAAAACAAUUAUUCCUCGAGCCCAUUAUCACUUGCUUUAUCACUAAUUUUCUUUUUAAUAUUCCGUGUAAGAUUUUUACCAUGAUACUAUACGUAUUUUAUCUUUUCCUGUGAUAGUAUAAUCAUAAUGUUAUCAGAAUGUUUAAUGAAGGAUUUCUUCUUUUCCCCGAUGUGAACGAUUUUGAUGUCAUCAUGAUAUAUCAAUCAGUCAUUUUGUCUGUUUUUCUUUGUUAUUAUACAUUGUACUCACUGUCUGUCUUCUCAUUGGCUGAGAGCUUACAGUUAAUUUUGGAAAUCAGCGCAACCUACAGAUUUAUACAGUCAACUCUCGCCUUGCGGACACCCCGCUAUUGCGGGCGCUCGCUAUUACGGACAAAAUACAGAUCCCCAGCAAAAGCUAUAGGGGUUUGACUGAAAAUGACUCCAGCUAUUGCUGACUCUCUCUAUUACGGAAUUACGGACACUUUCUUGGUUUCGAAGUGACAAUUUUAUUGUUUUGACUCUCGAUAAAGCGGACACUCUGUACUUCUCAUGUAACAUUGUUAUGUAAAAUUACAGUCUACUGUUUAUCAUUUGCCAAAAUGCAUUUCAAAAGAUUUCUGGAAUGUUUAUUUUCACGUCGAUUCCUUAAAUUGUUUGCACAAUCGUCCUCACUUCUUCACUGGAGCUUGCGCUUUUUUGUUCCCGGCUCUCUAGGAGAGCUCAAGGCUGCUUAGCAGUUUCGGUACUGUUGAUAAGUUCGUCCAGUCUUGGAAGGUAUUUUGGGUCGCCAUACAGCAUAAGUAGCACAUUUAACACACAUUUAAGAUUUAAGAAAACCUUACGAACGUAGUUAAUUGCCCCCGCUGGGAUUUCGCUCAGAAGCCGAGGAGGCACUCUAGCAACUCGCGCGUACAUUAAGGAAAGUACUUACAGUUGAAAUAUACAGUCAGUAUGCCAGAAAAAAUCUCGAUUUGCUUGAACAGGCACAGGGUCCAGAGGAGUUCAGGGAGUUUCGUAUGAAUAAAUGAAUUACUUAGUCUCACCUUAGAAAAUGUCUAUACCUGUCGCUUAGCACGAUUAAUUAGCCCAGUGGGGAUCUUUAUGAAUCUGCUGUAAACGAUUUCUUCGCUUCUUAUUUGACCCAGAUCACCUUUGUUGUUCGCCAUUUUGAAAAUCAAUAACCGCAAGCCAUAUCCUCGCUGGCGCACGGCACGUCGCCCGAAGAGCGACCGGACGCGAUCAAAAUAACCAAGAGCCAUAAUUAUGGCUCUUGAAAUAACCCAUUUUUCGGAGGAUUUCGACGGGUUUUGAUGUUCUAACGACAAACAAAUCUCCUUUGGACCCUGUGGAACAGGGGCCGCGAGGAAUCGGUGGGUAAUGAUGACGUUUCUAUUGUUUUUGCCGGCAAGUGCGAAAUGGUUAGGAUGACGUAAAGACAGAAAAUCCCGAAGGGACCGCUUAGGUAGAUUUUGUGACAUUUAUUGUGCAGUCGUACUUCGAUACUCUUUUGCGUUACGUGUUAUCAGUGACAUUCUGUGGAGCAGUUGUUUUGAAAGUUAUGGACCAAAAGACUUUCGUUAAGCGAAGAUGAAGUUAUAAGUUGCGUAUAACUGUGUAUAUAUAAACACUUGGAGAGUUUGCCAGACGCAAGUUCACAAAUCUUUGAUUGGAAACCUCGCCAGACACUCUUUCUCUCCCUUUGACCGGAAUAAGGCUCAGCCCCAAACAAGCAAGACGAGUGAACAACGGCUAGCUUAUCAGCCGACAAUCAAAUUCUGUGCUUACUUAUUCCCUGCCCACAGAUGUCUUUCCGCUAUAAAGUUUAAAAUACGAUUAGAAUCUGCGAGCGUGAAUUGAUCAAACGUCCUUUUAAUUUCUAAGGCUUACUUUCCGGCAAAUAAAAUGAAUUGAAUGUAAAAAGUGAAAGAGAAAUAGCGAAAAAUUCAACUUCUAAUGAAAUCUUUUCUUAUGGUUUACUGAAUAAACUAUUUUCGAAACUGCGAAUGUUUUGAUCAAAGCUGUGUAAAUUGAACAGAAACUGUACAUGGAACCUUGCGUUUCCUGUUCAGUUUUAUCUCACCUCCUGUAUGGAGUAUAUGUCAAAAUCUUCAUUAUCAAUCGGACGGGUAUAGAGCUACUCAACGAGCAAGAAUACUAUUGACCGACAAUAUACAGAGCGGGGGCAGCUGUAGUGUCAACUAUUACCAGUAAUAUUAUUGUAUGUUAACAGCACUUUUUUUCUCGCACCCCGUUAUUACGCAGAUUACGGACUCUCGGUAUUACGGACAUAAAACCGUGGUCCUUAGGGUGUCCGCGGGAGUUGACUGUAGUUAGUUAUCUGCUAGCAGUUAACUAACUAAUCUGUAGGUUGCGCGCUUUGCAUGCUUUCCAAUAACAGUAUCAAUUCAGGUUCCUUGCGACGGUGUGCGUUAUUUUCUUCAAAGCGAUGUAUAAUAAAACAAUUAUGUUACAUUCGGUUUCUGUGAUGUCCUGUAUAAUCAAGGUUUCGGUAAGUGUUAUCACUCUCAACCUUUGGCUCGGCUGAUAACACUUACCUCGACUUUGAUUAUUCCGGAUAUCACAAAAACCUCAUCCAAUAAUUGUUUACUAUAUGGUAAAAUCACUUGACUAAGAUUUGAGAUUGUUAGUGGUUCAUGGUUGAUGGAUUACUAUUUAACAAUUAUUCCUCGAGCCCGAAUGGGCUCUGAGUCAAUAGCCGAUGAGGCCGAAGGCCAAAUGGGCUAUUGACUCAGAGGCCGUGAGGGCGAGAGGAAUAAUUGUCUCUUAGUAAAAUCCAACUAGUUGGUCAAAAAUAUCGAGACAAAACAACUUUAGCUAGCAAAACGCGAUUCAGCCGCCAUUGUUUCGGUUUUUCAAGCCGGCGCUUUUCGCUACUAGUGGGCUGUAACAUAUAGCCUAGUAGUAGCUCAACCAAUCAGAACGCAGCAUUGAUAAUAGACCACUAGUUGGAUUUUACUAAUCUGAAAUAUACUUUUCCAUGCUAUUUUCAUUUGAUAGCGGUAUUUUGAUGUUUUAGUUAACCACUUUUUCAAGUAAAUAAUGAUAAGCGAUUGUUUCUCCAGCAGGGCCACAGCAACAAGAGUAUAAGGACCUUCGAACCGAAAGGCGACCAUCAACCUCUUCAUCCAGCAACGCUUCACUUGACUCGUCAUUCAACCUCACUCAAACAAACGAAGAAACCCUAGCCGCUCCUUUCAUCGAACGUAUGAAGAAACAUGUCCGAGAUGUCACUGAAAAAACUUACGGAGAUCUUAAAUCACCUUUUCAUAAUCCAGGCGAAGGACCUAGAAGAGAUCUAAAACUUGACGAAAUCUUCACCAAUUUGAUUGUUUAUGAAGGGAGAGCUAAGUAUGACUUUUCAGGAGACAGAGUGAAACAGCUAAACGAGUACCACAAAGCCAAUGAAAAUUUACGACCAACACUGCCAGGGGAUCUUUUUGAUGCUGAAGGGCGGAGGAUCCUUGUUGUUGGUCGUCCUGGAAUUGGAAAAACUAUGUUUAGCACAAAGAUUCUUCGCAACUGGGCUUGUGAUAACUUAUUGAACGGAUCACAAAAGGAUUUUAAAGCUGCUUUUCUCAUCAAGCUAAGGAUGUUUAACUCUAGAAUCAAAGAACUAAAUCUUCGCGAGCUCCUUGAUCACUCAGAAUAUUCAACAGCUCUUUCCAGAGAUUUCUGGGACUACAUCCGUGAAAACCUAGAGCGAGUAUUGGUGAUUUUUGAUGGAGUUGACGAAUAUUCUUGUAGGACUGAAAUAAAUAAAGAUGACGUUCCUUACAUAAACGAUGAAGAAGAAAGGAUGCCUGUCCAUUUUCUACUGAAGAAAAUAGUAUCAGGAAAAAUUCUUACACGUGCCACAGUCUUAACGACUAUAAGACCCAAUGCCGUACGAUGUAUCACAAGUCUUCACUUUGACAAAACAGUUGAAAUACUUGGAUUCUCAACUGAGCAAGUAAAUGAUUAUGUACAGAAGUUUACAAAGCACGAGGACAGAGCUCAAACCAUAAAGCAACACAUCACAAGUAACUUAAACCUUCUAGCCUUCUGCUACAUUCCUGUGAAUUGUUUCAUCAUUUGUUCGUGCUUGUCGGAGUUGCUUUGCAACACUAGAUUAACCAGCCUCCCGACAAGACUGACAGAAAUAUACUCAAUUGCCGUAAGGAUGUUUUACUUAAGCUACGAUGAUGAUCAAUAUCGCCACAAUAAAACAGAAGGUCAACAAUUUUUUCUUAAGCCGUUCAAGGAACUUCCUUCCUCUGUGCAGAAUGUGUUCACAUGUCUGGGAAAAAUUGCUUUUGAUGGAAUUAAAAAAGGAAGACUAAUUUUUGAAUCACACGAAGUUAACGACCUAGAGAGUAAUGGCCUGUUUCACCGUUUACCUGAUUUUAGAAACCGUCCUUUAGCAGAGGGAAGAGCGCAAUAUUGCUUUUUACACCUGACCAUACAGGAGUUCUUGACGGCGAAGUAUUUGGUAGACACACUGAGUUCCGAACAACUACAGGAUUUUGUCUCCGCUCACAUCAAGGAAGGCGCGUGGAAGGUUGUGCUGCAGUUUGUGGCUGGACUGCUGGCUGAAAAAGAAGGACAAUCAACUGAUUGGUCGCUGAUUUUCAGCGACCUCCUUCCCUGGGAAACGGAUACUAAAGAAUUUGAAAUCAAGCCGGGUUUGGAUGAAGACUCAAAGGAACCAACUGAAACACUGACCUAUUGGCCAGCUGGUGAAGACAAGGCUUUAGUGGUGACGCUAUUCAAUUGCAUGUAUGAGAGCAAUGCCUCUGAUCGAAAAGUUCAAGAGAAACUGGCGAAAAUUGGUUGUAAUGCGCUUAAUUUUAGUAAGUGUUACCUGUCACCUCUCGACUGUUUAGCAUUAGUGCAUACACUUAAAUCUGUUGAAGGAAUUUUGUAUUUUGAUUUAAACAACAAUAACUUUCAGUUGCUAGGAUGUAUUGAGAUUGCGAAGUUGUUACCUGGCAACGAACACAAUCAGGGUUUUUGCGAACUGAAAAGUUUAAACCUCGCUUAUAACCAAAUAACUGAUGAGGGUGUUGAACAUUUAUAUACAGCACUCACACACACUAACUGCAAACUAAACAGCUUAAACCUCGGGGAUAACAACAUAACUGAUGAAGGUGUUAAACUUUUAUCUACAGCGCUCACACACACUAACUGCAAACUAAAAAGCUUAGACCUCGGGGAUAACAACAUAACUGAUGAAGGUGUUAAACUUUUAUCUUCAGCGCUCACACACACUAACUGCAAACUAAACAGCUUAGACCUCGGGGAUAACAACAUAACUGAUGAAGGUGUUAAACAUUUAUCUGCAGCACUCACACACACUAACUGCAAACUAAACGGCUUAAACCUCUAUAAUAACAACAUAUCUGAUGAAGGUGUUAAAAAUUUCUCUACAGCACUCACACACACUAACUGCAAACUGAAAAGCUUAGACCUCAUGGAUAACAACAUAACUGAUAAAGGUGUUAAACUUUUAUCUACAGCACUCACACACACUAACUGCAAACUAAACAGGUUAGACCUCUGGAAUAACAACAUAACUGAUGAAGGUGUUAAACUGUUAUCUACUGCACUCACACACACUAACUGCAAACUAAACAGCUUACGCCUCGAGUAUAAUCAAAUAACCGAGAAAGGUAGAAAUCUCUUAAAGUCACUGAAAAUAAACUGUAAAGUAUUUAUCUAA